AUGGGUUUUGAAGGCUAUGACACUACGCUUGGAUUGGGAGAAACUUCUAGCCACAAGCGUUCGAAGAGCUUUUCUGAUAAGAGAGGAUUCAAGGAAAAUCACUCAGAUCAUUCUCUUCAAGCUUCUCACCGUUUAAAGUUGGAUAUGGAGAACUUGAAGGACAAGACCAAGAAGACACAAUCGCCAAAAGCUGUGGCCCAAAAUGCUUUAAGACAAGAGAUACUGCAGCUUGAGAAAAGAUUACAGGACCAAGUUGCAGUACGCUGUGCUUUAGAAAAAGCAUUGGGUUAUAGGUCUUCCUCGCAUGAUAUCACAAAUGAAAUCUCAAUGCCUAAGCCGGCUACAGAACUAAUUAGAGAAAUCUCAGUACUAGAGCUGGAAGUUGGGCAUUUGGAGCAGUAUCUUCUCUCAUUGUACCGGAGAGCAUUUGAUCCACAAAUUUCCCCUCUACCUCCUUCUACAAAAGGUGAAAAGUUAAGUUCACCUUUGUCUGCCCCAAAAGAGAAGCAUCUAGAAGUCUCAACACCCCAUAUAACUUUAAAAAGGGGAAAUGCGGCAGUUCAAGCUGAUUUUCGGUCCCUUCCCAUUCCGUUGAAGCAGUCCAAUGGCGCAGGGGACAAAGAGAAGCUACUAGAUGCCGGCAUUCUUCGAUGUCAAUCCUCAAUAUCUCAGUGUUCAGCUCUUACAAAUAGAACUUCUCCUCCAGCAGAGUCCAUGGGUAAAGCUGUGCGAUCAUGUCAUUCCCAACCUUUGUCCAUGAUGGAGUUUGCGCAGAAUGCCACUUCAAAUGUAAUCAGUUUGGCAGAGCAUCUUGGUACUCGUAUUUCUGAUCAUCUUCCAGAGACUCCAAAUAAGCUUUCUGAGGAAAUGGUGAAGUGUAUGUCAGCCAUCUAUUGCAAGCUUGCUGAUCCCCCUCGCACGAAUCAUGACCUCUCAUCUCCUACGUCAUCUUUGUCAUCAGCGAGUGCUUUUUCUCCAAAAGAUCAGUAUGAUAUGUGGAGUCCAGGCUUUAGGAAAGAUUCAUCUUUUGACAUGCGGUUAGAUAACCCUUUCCAUGUUGAAGGGCUGAAGGAGUUCAGUGGACCAUACAGCACAAUGGUUGAAGUGCAAUGUUUAUAUAGAGAUAGACAGAAAUUGGGUGAUAUCGAACACAUGUUACAAACUUUCAGGUUGCUUAUUUCACGGCUUGAAGAAAUAGAUCCCAGGAUGCUGAAACAUGAGGAAAAGCUAGCAUUCUGGAUCAACAUACACAAUGCGUUGGUGAUGCAUGCAUUUUUGGCUUAUGGAAUACCACAGAACAAUGUGAAGAGAGUAUUUCUACUCUUAAAGGCUGCGUACAAUAUUGGCGGUCAUGUAGUAAGUGCAGAUGUAAUACAGAGCUCUGUUCUAGGAUGCCGAAUGUCUCGCCCUGGACAGUGGCUCCGCUUGUUACUUUCUUCCAGAACAAAAUUUAAAGCAGGAGAUGGACGACAAGCAUAUGCAAUUAAGCAUCCAGAACCUCUGUUGCACUUUUCCCUCUGUUUGGGGAGCCAUUCUGAUCCUGCGGUGCGUGUUUACACACCCAAGAGAGUAUUUCAAGAGCUGGAAGCUGCAAAAGAAGAGUACAUUCGGGCUACCUUCGGUGUACGGAAGAACCAGAAGAUCUUAUUGCCAAAGAUCGUUGAGUCCUAUGCCAAGGAUUCAGGGUUGUGUCAGGCUGGUGUGAUUGAGAUGCUCCAAAAGUCUUUACCCGAAUCUCUGAGGAAGAGCAUUAAGAGAUGUCAGCUAGAGAAAUCCCGCAAGAGCAUUGAAUGGCUUCCUCAUAAUUUUGCUUUCCGGUAUCUCAUAUCAAAGGAGCUGGUGAAGUGAUUGCUUGCAGGGUUGUUUCCUAGCACUUGAGCUGAUUUGCAUUGUCAUUUUGACUGUUUUUUGGCAUUCACACAUAGAGGUUCCAUUUUUUUUUUCGUCUUUUGUACAAAAUGAAGUGAUUAUGGAACCAGAAAUGGGGGCAAUUUGGCAUGGCUUACAUUCUGUGUACUUUGGGGGUAUAAUGUAUAAUAUACAUUCCGGCCUGUAGUGCAAUGGGAAG